AUGCUACUACCAACUGCUAGACUCACUACAAGAAGAGCAUCUAAGAUCGCUUCAAUUAGAUUCUUUAUGGGAUUCAUUUCUAUCCCUAAAAGAUGGUCACAUAUUGAUGCUGUUCAUAGAAAUACAAAAGAUAAUAAUCCAUCUGUUAAAUUUGAAUUUAAUGAUAAAAAUUCCCAAGAAGUUACCAAAAUCAUUGCUAAAUAUCCUGAACAAUAUAAAAAAGCUGCUAUUAUGCCAUUAUUAAAUUUAGGUCAACAUCAAUUUGGUUAUUGUUCUAUUGGGGUUAUGAAUGAAGUUGCUAGAAUUUUGGAAGUCCCACCAAUGAGAGUUUAUGAAGUUGCAAGUUUUUAUACAAUGUUUCAUAGGAAACCUGUGGGUCAAGUUAAUGUUGGGAUUUGUACAAAUAUUGCAUGUCAAUUAAGAGGUGCUGAUGAUAUUUAUUCAAAUGCUAAAUCAUAUUGUAAAAGUGAAAAAAAUAAAGAUGGAUUUUUUUCAUUAGAAGAAUUAGAAUGUUCUGGUGCUUGUGCAAAUGCUCCUGUUGCAGAGAUUAAUAAUAUUUAUUAUGAAGAUUUAGAUAAAGAUUCUAUUAUUAAAGUUCUUGAUGAUUUAAGAAUUGGUAAAGCCAAACCUGGUCCUUUUGGUGGGAAAAGAGUUUCUUGUGAACCUGAAGGUGAAAAAACUUCACUUUUUGGAAAAGAAGCUUUUGAUAUUAGAACUGUAACUCGUGAUGAUAUUUAA